AUGGGAAAAACAAAGAGCACAGCUCAGCAAGGUCAACCCUCCGAAAUCAAGAAGCAUGCAGAACCUGAACUUAGUCGAAGGUCACUCUCUGAUGGCGAACCUGAACCGACUCCACCGAGGAAUAAUCAACCGGUGUCAUCAUUUCGUUUGGAGGUUACUGAAGAACUUGAAUCCUUCAAUACGGCUCAUGAAAAGGCUCCAUCGGAGGAAAGUGAUGAACACCAAGGAACAUCUGCUCCUGAGAUCCGAACCCUCAGAAGGAUUCCUUCAAAUGUUGCAUUGCCCAAUGUUCCGAUCCGAGACGGAGGUCCUGGUGACAAAGAUGAGUCCCCUCUACCUCUUGUGCUAGUAGACGAGGAGAAGAAUCUGAGUGAAGCUGAGUCUGAAUCAGCUAAGAAAAUGGAGGAAGAGAACAAAGAUGAAGAAGUUGUGUCUUUGUGGUCUGAAUCUGAGGAUGCUUCAGUUAAGAAAGGAAGAAAGAAGCUUGUUCUGAAGCGACUAGGGUUGCAUUCUUCGAAACAGCAAAAGACAGGUGAGGCAAAUACACCAACUCAAUCGCAUAUUCUUUCAGCGGAAGAUGCAGCCAAGUCUCCAUUUUUGGCUAAGGAAGCAGUUGUCUCAGCUCGUGUACAAUCAAAGAAUGCUAGUGAACAGAGUGUUGAGGUCAUUCCUUGUCCUCUCAAGAAGAGGUAUGAUCAGUUUCUGAAACGUAAGGUUAUUGCUAAACGACUGGUGGAUAAGAAGGAAAUUGAUCAGUGGGGCUAUCUAGCUGUAAUCAGAAAGGGUUCAAUGGAAUCGACUGUCUCCUCUCUUGGUGUAUAUGUUGAGCAAGUGGUGGCAGAGUUUUAUGCUGGUCUGCCUAACACAAGGACUGAAGCAGAUAAUGAGGAAGUGGCUGUCACAGUUCAAGGACACUUGUACAAGUUCUCGUCUUCUGUCAUCAAUGGGGCUUUGGAUUUGGAUCCACUCACAGAGGAAAAUGAGGAAGCAGAAAUGACCUUGGAUGAAGCAUCUGCAACGAAGUUGGUGUCGUUUCUUACUGAUAACACUAGGAAGGAGUGGGAUAGCCUUACUACAGCUGAUCUCACACCGUGUUUUGGAGCUCUCAUGAUCAUUGCUGCUCAUAACUGGAUUCCAUCUACGCACAAGACUCAUGUGUCUCUUGACAGAGCAAGAUUGAUCUACAAAAUGGCUCAUGGAGUUCGUGUAGACAUGGGGAAGAUGAUAUUCAAGCAGAUCAUCAAUCUUGGUGUCAUUCACCGAAAUGACUCUCGCUGGCUGAUCUUCCCUCGAUUGAUCAUGGGACUUCUUCAAGAGAAGUAUCCAGUUCCAUCUCACACCGGUGACAAGAUUGAUCGUCCUAUUGCUUACAAGAAGGAUAAACGGGUGGGAGAAAUCUAUGAGCAGCGUAAGGCUAAAGUAAAGGUACAUGUCAGAGCUGAUCCAAAAAUAAUUUCUGCUAAGACAACGCGUCUUCCAUCUCCCGCUCCACCGGCUUCUACACCUAGUUCCAGAACUGGACCAUCCAGAGUCUCUGUCUACGAGCUUGGAUAA